UGAAGUAUGUACUUGAUCCUCACGGUAUUGGACCUGACGGAAUCCCUAUGAGAGAGGGCUGAGCUGAAUCCGGGUUGACGUAAUAACGUACUGUAGCCCUGUUAUGCGCUGCUUCUGCGUUGUCGAGCGCGAGCAAAAAACAAACAUAUCCCAAGCGUCAGUGAUUAGGCCUAUUAUUCGCGUGAAUAUUGAGGACAACGGACAAGGUGGAUACUAUUGACACGAUAAUAACAUCGUUAGCAACCUGCUUAAACAUGUACCACUCGGACCACAGAGUCGAUUUCCUUGACCUCUCCUUCACCAUCCCAAUCCCUGGAGCCUUGGGCCUAGCAUCAAACCACUGAACCAACCCCCUGUCCUAUAUCCCUCCACAUAUCCUAUACCCCCACGCCAGCACUCACACAACCUUUUCCCCUACCCCCUGUCCAAACCCCCAUACCCAGAGGACCAUGGACAGCCCCCCCAAGCUGACUGGCGAGACCCUGAUCGUUCAUCACAUCCCCCUGGUACACUGCCAGGUGACCGGGAGUCGGCAGGGCUACAGCGGAGGAGGAGGGGGGUCCCUGAAGAGAUCGAACCAACCAGAGAACCUGGGCCUGAGCCUCACCACCUCCCUCCCUGAGCGAGAUGUACUCCAGAGGGAAGCCCUGGUGUACAGCAGCCUCAUCCAGACCGCUACAGGAGGAGGAAGAGAAGGAAGAGGGGGAGGAGAAAGAGAAGGAAAAGGGGGAGGAGAGAGAGGAGGAGGACGAGGAGUAGGAGAACGAGGAGUAGGAGGGAGAGGAGUAGGAGAACGAGGAGAAGGAGGGAGAGGAGUAGGAGAACGAGGAGAAGGAGGGAGAGGAGUAGGAGUAGGCAGCACAGGGAGAGAUAAUUUGUCUGUGACGUCCAGUAACUCGGAGGACCAGGUGAUGGUGGACAACACUCUGCUCAGGGUGAAACCAAGGGAACAGGCCAACAACCCUCUCCGGCUCCGCCACAACCCUUUUCUGCUCAACACGGAGGAGGAGGAGGAGGAUGACGAGGAGGAGGAAGAGGACGAAGACGAUAGUGAUAAUCUCAACGGUUACCUGGAAGAUUCAUCCUUCCAUCUUCAUGGCAAUACAAACUCCGCCCUAGAUGAGGAGGGAGACGGGGUCACGCCCUUUCACCUCCACGACCUGGGGUUCACCACACACGAGCCCUUCCUGUUGCAAAGCACCCUGGGAAAGCACUCCUGGGGCUGCUCUGGGGGACGGGAUUCCCUCAGGGGUGUUGCCUCCGAUCUCUCCGCCCACCUGGAGGGCCUAGACCUGCUGGUAUUGGAUGGUCCUCGCCGACACGGCAGCAGCGGCUCCACCCUCUCCAUGGACUGCGGAGAGCAGGAGUGGGCCGAGGAUGAUGAGGAGGAGGAGGAAGACCCACUGAGGGGUGGUGGGAGGAGCAGUAGCCAGGCUGACUCGUCUUCCUCCAGCUCCGCCCACCAGCUCUGCUCCUGCUACGGCCUCUCACAGACUUUUCACGAACACUUCCCGGAACAGUUUUCCCAGUCGUUGGAAUGCCAGCUGGGCUACGGCAGUGAAUCGUCCUGUAACAGCUCGGAUGGCAUGCUGGUCAACUUCAGUGCCAUUUAUAACAAGAUAAAUAACAGUGUCCCUUCGACCUCCUCUGAGCCACCUCCUCCUGCCACGACCACCAACCUGAACAGUUCCACUGACCACUCCUACACCUCCUCUGUCUGCACCUCUUCUGUACUGGAUGGGGAGGCAGGGAGCCCAGGAAGAGCCAGAGACAGGGGUGCUUUCUACCUAGACCUCCACACUUCCCCCACCGAGCCCCCCAACUCUCAUCAACCAUCUUGCUCCUCCAAUAGCACCCUGUCGUUUGGACUCCACCCCUACACCAACACCUCCGCAUGCACCUGCUCAGCCGAACACCAAGGGGCGCUAGAUCUGGACGCCAACUGCAAUUCUUACCAGCCUCCCCACCACUCAGACUCAGGAAGUGACCUCACAUCCUGUCUGCAGAGCCAGGCCCGUCUCGUGGUAGCCACCCAGAACUACUACAAGUUAGUGACCUGUGACCUUUCAUCUCAGUCGCCACCGAGCCCUGUGGGAAGCUCCGCGUCUUUUACCAGCUGCUCUGACGAGCACAGCAAGGAAAGCCCCGCUCCCGACACGCCCAACACCACCCAGCCAAACGAAUACUACCUGUUCAGACGGCCACCUGGGGGAGAGGAAAAGGAGGCCGAAGAGGAAGAUGAGGAGGGAGAGUUGUCACAGCGUGAUGAAAACGAGGAAGAGGAGAGGAAGAAGACGGAGCAGCAGCAGAUGGGCGGAGCCUGUUCAGACCUCAUCAUCGAGGGACAGGUGUACGUUAACAUCUCCCCUCCCGUGGUUGACCGAGGACCCGUCGGAGGCGGGACUCCCCGUUCCCGUAGUUACGACCGGAACCUGGACAAGUCCCCGCCCCCUCGGCUUGGCUCAUUGGAGCGCUGCCCUGUUCAUCUCAGUGAGGACGCCGUCCCCCUCGGCCCUCCCACUCCGCCACGGGUCACUUCCUUCGCCGAGAUCGCCAGGAGCAAGAGGAAAAACGGAGGAAGCACUGGCUCUCCUUCUCUCAGGAUGGGGGGAAGUUCAGAUCCCUUCUCCUCCUCCCACUCGGCCCACUCCCACUCCUCGGCCGACUUCUCCCCCAUCCUGGAGGGUCAGGGUCCGAGCCACAGUGUGCCCUUCCAGCGCUGCUACAGCCAGGGCAGUGUGGACCGCCCUGGUGGUGGCGCCAGAGAAACACGCUCCACGGCAGAAGGUGGUCUCUCUAGCUCUUCGUGCAGCUCUGCUGUUGUCCGCUACACUAAAGACCAGCGUCCUACCACCCUCCCCAUUCAACCCUUCACCUUCCACCACCAGUUCUCCAAGCCGUCCCAGCCCAAGCCCAUUCUUCCCCUGCUGACGGGCUACGUUUCUGGGAUGCAGGCGCGGGGUGGAGGGCCUUCUGGAGGUCCAGAGGGGUCUGAUGGAGUCGAUGACGACCGAUGGGAAGACUCUUUACGUCGAUGCCAGAGUGGGGGUACGAUGGGUGGGAUGGUAUCAGCGGUGGCUCCGCUCGGCCCUGGCUCUGUCCGGCCCUCGCCGCUGGGUAGCUAUUCCCCCGUCCGUCUCCAGGGGCUGACCUCCACUUCCUGUUCUACCUGCACCCACAGCCCCCAGACUCCUCGCAGCCUCUCCUGCCCCCUGUCGGCCGGGCUCCUGCCCCUCCACCACACCCAUCCACCACCAGCACGGCUGGCGGCUGUCCCUCUGCCUCCCACUCCUUCACCUCCGCCCCAGGGGGUGAAGCGGGGUGCGGUGCCCCCCAUGCUGCCUCCGGUCCAGGGUCAGUGUCACCAGCACUACCACCGUGGGACCCUCCCCGUCCUGCCGGCCGUGCUCCAGGACAGUGAGAUUUCACUGCGAUACGAGGAGACGUCAGACUCUGUGGUGGGGAGCAGAGGACCAGGGUCCGCGACACAACAUGGACACCACCUCUCUCCCCAGACUCUGAAAUGGAGGGAGUAUCGUCGUAGCAACCCCCUGGGGGUGGAGAGGUGUUCCUCUGGGGGAUCAGGCGUACCUGCCCUAUCAGGCAGUCUGGAUGGGAAUGGUCAUAGGGGCGUGGCCAGGGGACAGCGAAUCACACGACGGAAUGUGUUUGACUUCCCUCCGGCCUCUAGUGGCCACGCCCCCCUGGGACGACUCAAUGGCCAGUCUGUGAAGCAGCAGUACUACAGUGACUUCCUGCCAGACUACUUCUCCCUGACGGAGCGUCCUCCAGACGAGUUCUGUCUCUCUCCUGACGCCUCCUCUUCGUCAUCGUCCUCCACUUCCUCACAAUCCCACAUCUCUGUGAACCUGCAGCAGAAGAGAGGUUUAGUCAAAGCCAUCAAUACAGCGGUAGAUUUAAUCGUGGCUCAUUUUGGCACCAGUCGGGACCCUGAUGUUAAGGCGAAGCUGGGUAACAGUUGGGUGAGUCCCAACGUGGGCCACCUGAUCCUGAAGUACCUGUGUCCGGCUCUAAGGGAGGUGCUGGGGGAUGGGCUGAAGGCCUACGUCCUGGACCUGAUCAUCGGACAGAGACGCAACCAGCCCUGGAACCUGGUAGAGGCCUCCACACAACUAGGCCCAUCCACCUGUGUUGUCCACAGCCUGUUCUCCAAGGUGUCCCAGUACUCAGAGCUCACCAGCCACAGCAUGAGACUCGACUCAUUCAUCUUUGGACUGCUGAACUUGCGAUCUUUGGAAUUUUGGUUCAAUCAUCUCUACACUCAUGAAGACAUCGUAGCGGCUCACUACCACCCGUGGGGUUUCCUGCCGUUGUCCCAGGGGCCGUGCCAGCCUCUCUUGGAGGAGCUCCUCCUCCUCCUCCAGCCUCUGUCUCUGUUGCCCUUUGAUCUGGAUCUGCUCUUUGAGCCGCGAUUGGUCCAGAGGAACCAGGAACACCUGAGAAGCAAGGAACAGCUCUGCUCCGCCUCCGCUGGCCAGGGCCUGGACCAAUCAGCAUGCUCCACCUUCCAGCUCAUGAGGGGGUGGAGCACGGAGUCACGGAGAGCAGAGUCUAUGAGAGAAGGGGCGGAGGUUAAAAAGGAAGGAGGCGGGGUGGGGAACAGAGAAAGGUUGGGGCUGAGACGAGAGGGGACGUGGCCUAGGAUGGAAGGGGUUGGAGAGAGAGGGAGGAGAGAGGGGAUGAUGCAGAGGAUGGGGUCGAGGAGAGAGGGGGUGGGGAUUGCUAGUUUAGGGGCGGGGCUUGUAGAAGCACAGUCAAUGACAACCGAAGUAGGGACAGGAUUUGCAAACCUGUGGAGAGAGAGCGGGAGGGGGAAGGGCACAGGAAAGAGAGUGAGGGGGGUGGGAGGAGUAAGCCAUGAGGAUGAGGGAGAGAAGGAAGAGAGGAGGAAGGGGAUAGAGAGGGAUUGGGCGCAGGAGGGUCGUCAGCAGCAGGAGCGUGAUCGCCAGGCGGGCUGGUGGUACCAGCUCAUGCAGAGUUCCCAGGUCUACAUCGAUCAAUCAGCUCAGGGUGGGUCGAAGUUCGUUAAGAGUGAGAAGAGGAAGAAGUCUGCAGAGAGGCGGAGCCAGAGUCAGCACCCACUCCCCAGGAAGGGUGUUGUGGAAGGGGCAGAGUCUAUCCAGGAAGAGGAGGUUCUUAGGGAGAGAAGCAAGAAGAGCAGCUCCAGUGGUGAGUGGACAGGGUCCAGGGGAAGAGGAAGACCAUCCUGGAUGGGGAGUCCCCCAGAGUCAGUGCUCACCCAGGACAAGCAGAAAGAGAAGGAUCCAGGAUCCGCAAGGGCCACAGCGACCCAGCCAGCAGCCCAGACUGAAGACCCCUCCCAGGGCCAGAGCAUGCGCUGGGUCAGACUGUUUGGGUCCAGCAUGGGUGGUGGUGGACCCCCCUCCAGGCCAGAUGGAGCAGAGCAGAGACCAUCCAAAAGCAAGAGGAGCAGGCUGCCGUCUGGAUGGCUGACAGGUCUGGACAUGUCCGUGCUGGACCUCUUAGCCCAGACGGUGGGGGUGGGGACAGUGAAGAGGGUGGAGCCUUCAGCUCCUCCGGCCCCUCCCACUCUGAACCAACCCUCUCCACCUCCUCAGCCACCACAGGGGACCCAAACCAAACAGCUGUGUGAGGUACGUGCCCUGUGCCACCACAUAGCCACAGAGCCUGACCAGCUGAGUUUCCAUCAAGGGGACGUACUGACUGUCCUGAGCCGGGCUGACUCCGACUGGCUCCUCUGCUCCCUGGGGGCCCAGCAGGGCCUGGUGCCUUUCAUCUACGUUACCCUGAGGGGUCUGGAGGACAGCCAGGCUCCACAAGAGCCUCAGGGGCCACUCUGACCUGACCGACUCAACUAGGGUUCCAAAGUUCAGGUUUUCCAGAAAUCCUGGUUGGGAGAUUCCUGGAAUCAGGAGGGAAUAAGUAGGACAUCUGUAUAUCCUCCAACCUAGGGAUUUCGGGAAAGCUGCUGGGACUUUGCAACCCUAGACUGAACCCAGUGCCCAGAGGCCACAGUAGAGGAUGAGGGUGGAAGGUAGAUAGGGGAAAAGGAUUCAGAGGGCCAAAAAUGGAUAUACAGCAUACUACAGCACAAGACGAUGGGAUACUCAUGGAGAAGAGACCUUGAUAUGACUGGUUUAAAGUGUAAUUAUUGUACUAUGGAGAGGCGUAUGAAACACUCACACACUCACACACACAGACACAGACGUAAACAUGCAUUAAUGUACAUAUAUGCACAUGCAAGCAUGCAGCCACAAAUACGCUAUACUUCCCUAUGUAUGCAUGUCCACUAAACUUACACACACGCACCAAACUGCCUGGGGAUAUUUUACAGAAAGGAGACAAGGCUAGCUACUGACUGCCUUGUCCCCAUCACAUACUGUAUAUAAAUCCCUAGCUGUGUUUUACUUUACCAUGCUACAGAGCAUACUCUUAUCUAUCAUUCAUCUAGCUGUGCCACUCUUUGAAUGCCAAUGCUAUGCUAACGCGCUAAUGCUAGUGCUAAUGCUAGUGCUAAUGCUAGUGCUAAUGCUAGUGCUAAUGCUAGUUCUAAUGCUAGUGCUAAUGCUAGUUCUAAUGCUAGUGCUAAUGCCAGUGCUAAUUGUUAAUGGAACAUUUCAGAGACUGGUUAAAGGACUUGUCAUCCAAUGGAUCCACGCCAACAUGCUUUUCUCUGAGGUUCAUUCACCCAGAGAUCCCCUGCUUUGUAGUAGGACGUAAGUAGGAAAAGUAGUUUUGUUAUAAAACAGAAAAUAAAAGCUUUCUUAGUGUGUGUGAUACAGCUGUCGACAAUCCCCACAUCUCUGUGUGGAGUAAAUACAAAUGGACAACCGGUUUAAACUCGCUUCUUCAUUACAAAUGGACAACCGGUUUAAACUCGCUUCUUCAUUACAAAUGGACAACUGGUUUAACCUUGCUUCUUCAUUACAGAUGGACAACCGGUUUAAACUCACUUCUUCAUUACAAAUGGACAACCGUUUUUUAACUCGCUUCUUCAUUACAAAUGGACAACCGUUUUUUAACUCGCUUCUUCAUUACAAAUGGACAACCGGUUUAAACUUGCUUCUUCAAUCUCCAGAUUCCUGAUUUUCAUCAUCUUGUUAACGCUAUGGGUGCGUUCCUCUGCCCAGGCGUUGCUGACGCAUGCCAGAUCUUACAAAGCUUGGAUACGUAUUUUACAUAUCGGCUAACCACAGCAAUCUGUCAGGACGUGGCACCACCAAUGAUUACCAACGAUGGACUGUCAAACCUGACUCUGAUUGGACAAGCCCACUAACAUCCUCUGGCUCCUCCCUUCACAUCCUGUUGUUUUGAUGGAUGGGACGAACUGACCUAUCACUGCAAUUGUCUGGAAAGAAAAGGGCAGAGCCGGGCCAAGUGCAUGUAACCUAGCAACAGACGGACAACGUUUUGUGUCUUUUUACAGUGUCUUCACCCCUGUUCUGACCCCAAAACCCUAGCUCCUCCCACCUACCCCGCCUCUCUACCCCUUAACCAAUACAACUGCACAGCUUUAGGAGGAGCUGCAGUACCACGAUUACAGACAAAACCAAGUGAUUCAAUAAGCUUUGAACUCUGUCUAUAUAUCUAUCCAAACUUACUGUAAAUGCAUAUACUUACACACGUUUAUUUAUUGACUAAUGACGAUGUCAUGUAUCAUUGUUGAGGCAAAAACCGUGUGAAUGGAAAGGCAGUAGAGGUGGAUAAAGAAGGGAUGUCCAAUGAAAAUGUCCAAUGAAAACAACGUAUGACUUUGGAGGUGUGUUUAGGUGUUUCGGUGUUCUUAACGGAAUGUGUUGUUUGGAAAGGCUGUAUAAUCACCAUGGCCACCCCAACCCCACCCGAACCUCCCUAUUGUAAAAAUGGGUCUACUAAAGAGAAAAAGUAUGUUUAAACGUUUUUAAAAAUGCUUCAAAUUAUUCUGAUUGGUAGUAUGUAAAGAGAAAGAGAGUCAUUUUUUCUUGUGUAUGCCUUUAAAGUCCUUGAGAAAGAACCACAGAGAGAGCUGCUGUGUUGGAGGUAUCUAGCGCCUGACUAUUCCUGUGGUCCCGACAUGAUUCUUAUAUAUGUGACGGUGCGUCCAACCAGCCACUUUCAUUUACAUUACAUUUACAUUUAAGUCAUUUAGCAGACGCUCUUAUCCAGAGCGACUUACAAAUUGGUGAAUUCACCUUCUGACAUCCAGUGGAACAGCCACUUUACAAUAGUGCAUCUAAAUCAUUUAGGGGGGGGUGAGAAGGAUUACUUAUCCUAUCCUAGGUAUUCCUUGAAGAGGUGGGGUUUCAGGUGUCUUUCCCUGGGUUUCAGUCGGAAAAAGAGUAUAUAUUUUCUCUGGUAAUAGAGAAAAAAGUAUAUGGCUAUUUUUUAGGGUGGGACUCUUAAAAUAAACCCCAACACAUUUCUUGGUGGCAGGAGUGGCCUUAGGUUCAGAUUGAGCCAGGAAACUAGAGCUGGCAAAACGUUAGGGAUUACGUUAAAACCCUAUAUGUUGUCAAAACCUUGUGGAUUAGGCCCUAGAUUAGGGUUUGUUAGAGCCAAAAUUAUCUACAAUGAAAUUAUGUAAUGUAACUUUUAAAAAAAAUAUAUGGGUUAGCGAAACAGAAAAAUUGCAAGGACGAAUUCACACUGGACAAGAGUUAGGCCUCGAUUCAAUCAGACCGAUAGUUAAUUUAGCUUGUUAAUGAAACUGUACUAUUAUUUCUAUUCAAAAUAAUUUGUUGAAAUGUAUUUAGUUCUUCCGUUAUUCUCUUUUGUUGUACAGUUUAAUUUUGUUUAAUUUUUGUCAAUUCCUUUGGAUUCUGCAUAAAUAAUUUAAAUAUUU